AUGCCCAGCAUGUGGUUGACAGAUAUGCAGAAGAUUGGUGUGGCUUUCUGCUCCGGAGGCGGACUGUUCUUGUUCGGGGGAGUUCUCAUGUUCUUUGAUCGCUCCAUGUUGGCAAUGGGAAAUAUUCUGUUCCUGAUCGGCCUUACCCUCAUUAUCGGAAUCCAGAAGACGUUUGUCUUCUUCGCGCGACGCCAAAAACUCAAGGGCACGGCUGCCUUUAUCGCCGGAAUUCUCCUUAUCCUGAUACGGUGGCCUCUCACUGGCUUCCUGGUUGAGCUCUACGGCAUCUUCGUCCUCUUUGGGGACUUCUUCGCUACGAUCGCAUCUUUCGCCGGCAAUAUCCCCGUCGUUGGUCCUUACAUACAAAUGGCCCUCCAAAAGAUCUCGAGUGGUCGGCGGAAUGCAGAACUGCCAGUAUGA